AUGGCCGAACUGAAGCUGAAGGUGACCAACCGGUCCCGCAAGGGCCUUAAGGGUCUGCCCCCGACCCUCGAGCUGCCGAACGAUGCCACCAUCGAGCAGGCGAAGAAAGUCGUCGCCCGCGCCACCAGAUACUCCGACUUCAACCAAAUCGGCAUCUUCGACCCGGUCGCCAAAAAGACCAUCAAGGACAGAAAUGCCCUGGUCCGCGACCAGGAGGUCAUCAUGAAGCACGGCGAGUUUCUCGUCAAGGACCUCGGGCCUCAGAUCUCCUGGCGAGCCGUCUACGUCACCGAAUACGUCGGGCCGCUGCUCUUCCACCUGCUCUUCGUCAGUGUGCGCAAUACCCUCUACCCGGCCGUAUACCCAUACAUCAAGUCCCUCGUGCCGGCACCCGCCUCCACCGACGGCGCUCUCUCGUUCACGCAAAAGACGGCCUUCGCUAUGAUCAUGGCGCACUUCAUCAAGCGCGAGCUCGAGGUCUCAUUCGUGCACAAGUUCUCGGCCAAUACGAUGCCGGCGGCCUACAUCGUGCGCAACUCCUUCUUCUACUGGGUGGCCGCAGGCCUGUUGGGCGCCCUCGAGAUCUACGCGCCCUUCUCGCCUGCCGCGCUGGCCCGCACCCGCGCCAUCGACUACCUGGGCCUCGCGCUGUACUUUUUUGGCCAGUACGGCACCGCCCGCGUCCACUGGUACCUGGCCUCGCUGCGCAAGCCCGGCGAGACGGCCCGCAAGAUCCCGCGCGGCAACGGCUUCGAGCUCGUCACGUGCCCCAACUACAUGUUCGAGGUGAUCGCCUGGAUCGGCAUCAUCCUCGUCACGCGCAGCCCCACACUCGUCGUGUUCAUCGCUAUUGGCAUCUACUACAUGUAUAUCUGGGGUGUCGGCAAGGAGAAGGCGUACCGCAAGGAGUUCGGCGACAAGUACAAGAAGAAGCGCUACGUCAUGCUGCCUGGUCUGCUCUAG